AUGCUCCCAAUUAAAAGUCCUCAUGAAAAGAGGGUUAGUAAGAUGAACCAAUUUAGCAAAUAAGCAGGGCCAUUUGUAAUCUUUUUCACUGUCUUAAUGCCAACAAAUUGUGUGAUUUUAGAAUAAUAUGUAAAAUGAAGAAUUAAAUUAGUACUUUGAAUUAAAACUAGACAGUGUUUCUUAGAAUAUACAAAACUUUAUGAUUUAUUUUAUCUACAUAAUGGCUAUGUGGUCAUACUAUUAAGCAAUUACAAUAAAAAAUAUUACUGCAUAAAGAGCUCCAUUAGCACCAGAUCAUAGAAGAAUUGAUCCUAUUUAUAAAAAUAAUGCAGCUUGUGCAACAUGCAAUAAAUGGAAACCUAUCAGAGCUCAUCAUUGCUCUAUGUGCAAUUAAUGCAUAUUAAAAAUGGAUCAUCACUGCCCUUGGAUUGAUAAUUGUGUGGGGCUUAGAAAUCAUAGGGCAUUUUAUUUAUUUACAAUGUAUAUGACAGUACUUGUUCCAUAAUUAUGUUUAGAUUGGGGCAAUUCAAUAUAGCUGGGCAUCUUAUGUGUAUUUUAAAGAUCUCUAUAGAAAUGAUCAAGGCUUUUUUUCUUAAUAAAGUACUUUUUUUUACUUGUUUUGGACCUUUUCAAGUUUAGUUAUGUAUCCAACCUGUGCUAUGUUAUUCUUUUUGUUUUGCUAUCAUUCUAUUUUAGUUAUAACAAACUAAACAACUUUAGAGUAAAUGAAAAGUGGAUAAAAUGGUUUGUUCUGUUGUUCAACUUCAAUAAAAAAAAAUAGUAAUCUAUAUGAUCGUGGAUGGAUAGCUAAUGUAGCAUGGUUUUUUAAUUAUUCCUAUUUUUGGUUCCUUCCUUUAUAAAAUAUCUAUGAAACAGAUGGUAAAUAUUAAUUCAUUUAUAAAAGGUACUUCAUACCCUAUUGCACCAUUAUGUACAUUUGCUGAUAUAGAAGUUUAUGAUCCAUCUAUUGGUAAUGGACUUCCGCCAAACACUUAGAUAGAUUUAGAAUAAAUUGAUUCAAAAUUUUUAGAUUAUAUUUAAAUUGCAAAAGAAAAAUAUAAAGGAAAAAAAGUACAAUUAAAUGGCAAGGAAAUUAUACUUGCUUGA